GAGCCGAGGUCUAGUCGUGCGCCUGCGUACUGAGAUCGGAGGGCCGCGGUCGUGCGGCGAACCCCUCGCCAGCUCUGCAAACCUCGCGAGAUUUCCUCCCGAGCUCCUUGGCGGAGUUAUUUUAUACAGAAGUCUUGUGAGACCACUGUGCAAACAAGGUGAUGAUUGUACAAAGAGUGGUAUUGAAUUCCCGACCUGGAAAAAAUGGUAAUCCAGUGGCAGAAAAUUUCCGAAUAGAAGAAGUAAACUUGCCAGAUAAUAUCAAUGAAGGACAAGUACAAGUCAGAACUCUUUACCUUUCUGUGGAUCCUUACAUGCGUUGUAGAAUGAAUGAAGACACUGGCAGUGACUAUAUAUCACCUUGGCAGCUGUCUCAGGUGGUUGAUGGUGGAGGUAUUGGGAUUAUAGAAGAAAGCAAACACACAAAUUUUACUAAAGGCGAUUUUGUGACUUCUUUCUGUUGGCCCUGGCAAACCAAGGUUAUUCUAGAUGGAAAUAUCCUUGAAAAGGUAGACCCACAGCUUGUGGAUGGACACCUUUCAUACUUUCUUGGAGCUAUAGGGAUGCCUGGUUUGACUUCCUUGAUUGGGAUACAGGAAAAAGGUCAUAUAACUGCUGAAUCUAAUCAGACAAUGGUUGUUAGUGGAGCUGCUGGUGCUUGUGGAUCCUUAGCUGGGCAGAUUGGCCAUUUGAUGGGCUGUUCCAGAGUUGUGGGAAUUUGUGGAACACCUGAGAAGUGCCUCCUUUUGACCUCAGAACUGGGCUUUGAUGCUGCAAUUAAUUAUAAAGAGGGGAGUGUGGCAGAACAGCUCCGUGAAUUAUGCCCCUCUGGAGUGGAUGUUUACUUUGACAAUGUUGGAGGUGACAUCAGUGAUACAGUGAUAAGUCAGAUGAAUCAGAACAGCCACAUCAUCCUAUGUGGUCAAAUUUCUCAGUACAACAAAGAUGUGCCUUAUCCUCCUCCACUACCCUCUGCUGUAGAAGCAAUCCGGAAAGAAAGAAACAUCACAAGAGAAAGAUUUCUGGUGUUAAAUUUUAAGGACAAAUUUGAGCCUGGUAUUCUCCAGCUGAGUCAGUGGUUUAAAGAAGGAAAGCUAAAGAUCAAAGAGACUAUGAUAAAUGGAUUGGAAAACAUGGGAGCUGCAUUCCAGUCCAUGAUGACAGGAGGUAACAUCGGAAAGCAGAUAGUUUGCAUUUCAGAAGAAACCUCUUUGUUAUCUCUGUAAACAUCUUCAUUAAGGAAAUACACAGAUUGCUUUCCGUUUUGCACAAAGAUUUCAAGAUACAUUUAAAAAACCCUUAAGAGUACAGAUACCUUUUGAUUUAAAUGUGAUCAUAGGUGAUAUUUUCUUAGCUGCAUAACAUAAUUCUUUCCUGUGUCUUCAAUAUCAUAUAUGUAUUCUUCAUCCAAUAUGAUUAUUUACAAUAAUAGAUUGAAGUCAAUAUGACCUAUUUUUCCUUCUUUUGCUAAAACUAAUAUUACAUGAAAUUUAUAUCAGAUAUUCUGAAACCACUGGAGAUUUGAUGUAACUGUUUAAUAGAUCAUACAAAAGAUUUUUUAAAUAACUUUUAUUAACUUCAUAAGUUGUAUUUAAAAUAGAAUACUUGAGAAGGCACUUAGUAAAUAUUGAACUGGACAUGCUUUACGUAAUUCUUUUUUUUUUUUUUUUUUUGCUUUACGUAAUUCUUGAACUGAAGCUUGGUGAAGAAUAAAUUGGGAUGGUCUUUCCAUAUUAUAGAUGGAAGAGGGACUUAAUUGCAGGGUGUGUGUAGGAGUUUUGGGGAAUUCAGAGCUUGUGGAACAGUUUUUGGGAGAGGAGAGCAGAGGCUUUGUGUUGGGAGUAGUAUGAUAAAUUAAAUAACUGAGGUUGGUUAGGUUGAUGGAGAGACUAGAUUUACUACAGAAGAUAUGUGUUUUGCCAAGUAGUUCACAGUAUAGCCUAAAAACUCAAAUAUAUAUUGAUAAAAGCCUAUGUUUAUUUUAGGUUAGCAGGCACAUACUGUCAAAUAGUUACAAAGAUUUCGAGGGCAAAUAGAUAUAGACAUCAAUUCAAGUUUUAAAUGAUGAAAAAGAUUUAAACAACAAAUACAGCUUCGGGCUUCCCUGGUGGCGCAGUGGUUGAGAGUUCACCUGUCGAUGCAGGGGACGCAGGUUCGUGCCCCGGUCCGGGAAGAUCCCACAUGCCUCGGAGCGGCUAGGCCCGUGAGCCAUGGCCACUGAGCCUGCGCGUCCGGAGCCUGUGUUCCGCAACAGGAGAGGCCACAACAGUGAGGCCCGCGUACCACAAAAAAAAAAAACAAAAACAAAUACAGCUUCAGAAAAUGACAGAACUGAAUGAGCAAAGUAACAAAUGGUCAUAAACAUGGAUGUUCAAGACCUAUUAAUGUACCUCUAAAUAAGAGCAUUUGUUUUAUUAAUUGUAAUCAACCCUUUAAUACAGUAAAAUUGAGGAUAUUUUCUGAGUGUUGUGCUGGCUUAUGGUCAGCUGUUUACAAACUGCA